AUGCGCAGCUACCGGCCGUUCAGAGGGGAGGCGCCAUUUUGGGCCUGUGCGAGGCGGGCGGCGUCGGCGGCGCUUGGAAGCGGCGGACCCUAGCGGCGAGCGCUGCGCUGGGGGCUUCGCCCCGCCGCCAGCCCUCGGGGCCGAGGCGGGGAGGCGGGGCCGGCGGCUGGCCAUGGAGAGCGAGUACUACGGCGGGGAUCAGUCAGAUGAUGGUGGAGCUACUCCAGUGCAAGAUGAACGAGAUUCAGGAUCUGAUGUUGAAGAUGAAGGAAAUGAGCAGCAUUCUGGAUCUGAGAAUGGAAGCGUAGGGCGCCAUUCAGAGAAUGAACACAGUGAUGGAGAAGAUGAUGGGCAAAUGGGAGAGCCUCAUAUGACAGACUCUGAAAAUGAAGAUAUCCCAAGGCAAAAAGACAGUGACUCAGAUAAUGAGGAGCCUCCAAAUCACAAUGUAAGUGAUUCGGAAAAUGAAGCAGCUCAUGGAGGGAAAGACAGUGAUUCUGAUACUGAGGACCAUCCAAAUCGGCAUUUAAGUGACUCUGAAAAUGAAGAUGCCUUAAAUCAUCAAGCAAGUGACUCUGAAAAUGGAGAACCUCACAGGGAUCACAGUAGCGAUUUUGAAAAUGAGGAAUCACACAAGCAGCCGGCCAGCGACUCGGAGAGCGAGGAGCUCCACAAGCAGCCGGCCAGCGACUCGGAGAGCGAGGAGCUCCACAAGCAGCCGGCCAGCGACUCGGAGAGCGAGGAGCUCCACAAGCAGCCGGCCAGCGACUCGGAGAGCGAGGAGCUCCACAAGCAGCCGGCCAGCGACUCGGAGAGCGAGGAGCUCCACAAGCAGCCGGCCAGCGACUCGGAGAGCGAGGAAGUUUCUAGACACAAACAAGAAAUAGAGUCUGAGGACAGUGAUGGGGAGGACAGGAAGGAGGAGGUGCAGAAUGAUUCUCAUCAUUCAGAUAAUGAACGUGUAAGGGAAGGAUUUCAGGGCUCUGACAGUGAAGAGGAGGGUCCUAAGAGACGAAAAAUAUCAGACACUGAUGAAGAUGAGAAAGAGGAGGAGAAGACAGUGAAGAGGAAAACAGCUAUCCUUUCUGACAGUGAGGAUGAAAAUGAGAAAACACCUGCAAAAAAAGUACGAAUCCUUUCCGAUGUUGAGGAAUCAGACAGCGAUGCUGCUUCAGAGAAAUCUGACAAAAGGAAGAAAAAUAUUGUAUCAGAUAGUGAAGAAGAAGAAGAAGAAAGAAAAGAGAAUGCUGGGAAGAAAAAAGAAGAGAAGGAUCUGUUCGGCAGUGACAGUGAAUCUGGAAAUGAACAAGAGAACCUGAUUGCAGAUAUAUUUGGAGAAUCUGGUGAUGAGGAAGAAGAGGAGUUUACAGGUUUUAACCAGGAAGACUUGGAGGAAGAGAAAGGUGAUGCAGACAUGAAGGAGACAGCAGAUGAAUCAGACUCUGAUGAUAAUAUCAAAAGAGGGAAGCAUAUGGACUUCAUGUCAGACUUUGACAUGAUGCUGCAACGAAAGAAGAGUAUGAGUGGCAAGCGUAGACGAAACCGUGAUGGUGGAACUUUUAUUAGUGAUGCGGAUGAUGUGGUCAGUGCUAUGAUUGUGAAGAUGAAUGAAGCUGCUGAGGAGGAUCGACAGCUGAAUACACAAAAGAAACCAGCACUAAAGAAAUUAACUUUGCUACCAACUGUAGUUAUGCAUCUUAAAAAGCAGGACCUCAAAGAAACUUUCAUUGAUAGUGGUGUUAUGUCUGCUAUCAAAGAGUGGCUUUCUCCUCUUCCAGACCGAAGUCUGCCGGCAUUAAAGAUACGAGAGGAGCUUCUCAAGAUCCUGCAAGAGCUGCCCAGUGUGAGCCAAGAGACUCUGAAGCACAGUGGCAUUGGUCGAGCUGUGAUGUACCUUUACAAACACCCCAAAGAGUCGAGACCUAACAAGGAUAUGGCAGGGAAGCUAAUCAAUGAAUGGUCUCGACCCAUCUUUGGCCUUACCUCAAACUACAAAGGCAUGACCAGAGAAGAGAGGGAGCAGAGAGAUUUGGAACAGAUGCCUCAGCGAAGGAGAUUGAGCAGCUCUGGUGGUCAGACUCCCCGCAGGGACCUGGAGAAAGUGUUAACUGGAGAGGAAAAGGCUCUUAGACCCGGAGAUCCCGGGUUCUGUGCCCGUGCGAGGGUGCCAAUGCCCUCCAACAAGGACUAUGUGGUCAGGCCAAAGUGGAACGUGGAGAUGGAGUCCUCCAGGUUCCAGGGGACCUCUAAGAAAGGGGUGAGUCGACUGGACAAACAGAUGCGGAAAUUCACAGAUAUCAGGAAAAAAAGCAGAUCGGCCCAUGCAGUGAAAAUCAGCAUUGAGGGCAAUAAGAUGCCAUUGUGACCCUUCACAGAAUACCCCAUGAUCUCUGCUGUAAGACAAUACACCCAUAGACUUGUUGGAGACCUUUAAAUUUUUUAACAACUUGUUUGGGGUUUUUUUUAGUGAAUCUUUGAAUUGUUGGUUCAGGUUCUGGUAUAAGAUGUUGUCUGAGGACUGUGAAUAUGGGGACUUCUUUCUCCUGAUUGUAUUUAAACUUGCGCUAUUAUGUCCUUUGUACAGAUCACGUAUUUGUUGUAUUGCAACACUUUAGACAAUAAAACAUCUUCUGUUUUUUCGGGGGGCUGUCUGUUGAUUGCUGAAGAGAAUGUAUGUACAGACCACCUGGUAUGUGGAAAAGCUGCUAACUGUUAAUUUUCUGUUUACCAUUGUCCAUUUCCUCUUGACUCGGUGCUUUAUUAAUCAGUUGGUUUGACUUUGGAGAUCUACAUGUACAGGUUUUAGUUAGAAAUAUUGACCAUCUUCCACUCAAAGGAUUUCAUUUUUUCAUGAAAGCAUGAUGUGAAGUUCAAGAGACCAGCAGACCAACCACUAAAAAUUCCAGCGGCUUCCAGCUAAAAUACUUGACGUAAGACAGCAGUAUUUCACGACUACUGAUCCUCCGUGCAAACUGCAGAGCCUUCAACAGUGACUGCUACUGGAGAACAAAAAGCUGCAGCUGAAGGGUGUCUCUGUGAUGUGUGAUAGCAUAGAUGAUUUUUUUAAAUAAGCUAGACUUUGGAAUCAAGGUUAGCAAGAUUGCACAAGACGACUAUCAGAUUGCUGGACACUUCAUUUUUGGGUGCUUUAUGCAGCACUUAGAUGGGCUGUGUGGAGCCUUUGCUGUAGGGCUUGAUACCGCUGUGACUUCAUUUUGUAGAGUUGAAAGCUAUGUCAGUUUUCCUUUUUUGUUUGGCUUUGGUGUGUGGGCAGCUCAAAUGUGUGUGACUUUCUGAAAGGUUUAUGUUUCCAGCGAUAAGGAGCGGGGUCUCGUGGCUGCGUGAGGGGGUAAUGCUGCUAUUUCUUUGUCCCCGGUGCUAUAGAAAGCCAGCAGAGCAACAUUUUGUACCUCUGCUUCUUUACCUCUACCUCUGAAAACCGUUUUUGUCGUCUGAGCUUGCCUACGAGAAGAGGAGCCUCUCCUCACAUGGAUAACUGGCAGUUGGUGUUUCAGUAAGAAAGCUGCCUUCAUUCCAGGGGGGCACAGCCCAUUUCUGCAAUGUGUUCUGUAAUUCUGUCAGUUCUUUGGUGCUGGCUGGGUUAGGGGUGCUUAGUACCUCUGGCAUCUGCUGGCACCAGUAAUGGAGAGGAUGUAAGUAUGCGGGUGGUCAUGUUUGAAAUACGCUCCUGUGAGAGUGACAGUAAAAUGGAGCUGAAUGCUGGGAUGUGACCUUAAGCAAAAGCUGAAGGCAGGUGCCUGCGCUGGACGGAGCCUACUGAAGAGACGCUAGUGGCGAGAAUACUUCACCUGCUCUUGCCAGGUAUGCUUAUGGGACAGUGACUGACCUCAGGGGUGUGGCUUUAGUGUGCUCGGAGUUUCAAGGGUUUGGUUUCUUUCUCCCAUUUUUAAUUAAGCAUUUGUUGGAAGAUGGGGAAUUCCUUACUGCCACGUUGGCAGAUGCAACUGAGUGAAAAAAAAUGAGUGAAUGGCUAUUCAUAUACCUAGGUUCUGUUCAGUCCUAAAGGUCUGUGCCUUCUCUCCCAAUUUUUUUUUUUGUAGUUCUGUUUUAAAACCCUAAGAGAUGUUUCCUUAAAGUACUGACCCUGGUGGCCUUGUGCAGUCCUAGCAGCUUCUUGCCAUCAAAAUUAAUAGCUCAGCAUCACAUGGGCUCUGAAGCAAACAAAAAGGUGGUUUCUUCUGGAAUGGUGAUAAUGGACUUUUACAAGGCUUUGAACAAAGCUGAGGGAGACCCCCAGUCAUAAGCGUGAACACUGAUUGGUUUUUAAAUUAAAACUUCAUAACAAAUUGGAAGAAAGAUCACAAAAUCAAAACAACUUUUGACAUGAGUCACAAAGACUGCCUGUUUAUGCAAGAUGCCAGUGUAGGUACUCAAAAGGGACAAUUGGGGGAUAUUAGUCUGGCCCACAGAUACUUUAUUUCACUUGCAUUUUUGGCUUUGAGCACCACUUUCAGGUAUGUGAAACUUAAGCUGUGUGGGGAAAUGGACCUCUCCAAGGGAUGGGUAGGUGGACACAAUCCAUCUUUCUUUGGGGAUAAUAGAGAAGCUGUUUCUUCCUGUGGUGGUGUGUUUGCUUUUUCCCUGUCAAAUCUGUUCACAAACAUUUAAUGUCUGAAUUACUGGUUUUCAUCAACCUAGGGGAGAGAGAUUGUAUACAUGAGGUGGUGGGAGGUGUCUUCAGAAUAAAGAAAAAAGGGUUAUCUUUUUAGUGUGAAAAA